UUUCGAGAAGUCUCUAUUAACACCUUUCUACGUUUACUUUUAAAGUGUCGUGUGUUCUCUGCGGUCGCGGGAGGAGGACACUCUUGGACAAGGCGGUGGUCGAGGGCGCACUGGCACAGCGCGGCGCUGCGUAACCUUGCGCGACGAGCACAUCUGAGGAGCUGUUUGGAGCGGUUGAAGGGCAUGGUGCCGUUGGAGCCCGAGGCGGCGCGCCACACCACGCUCGGCCUGCUAACUAAAGCCAAAAGGUUCAUAAAGAGCCUGGAAGAGCGGGAGAAGAGGCAUUCCUGCCACAAGGAGCAGUUAGCUCGCGAGCAGCGCUUCCUGCGCCGCCGGCUGGCGCAACUGAGCGGCGCGGCGCGGCGCGCGCGCUGCUCGCCCGGGGAGGCCUGCGCGCCCGCCUCGCCGCACGCCGCGCAUCAGCACUCCGCCCGGGCCGACUCCUUCUCCUCGGUGGAGUCCUCCUCCGGCGUGUCCACCGCCGACCGCUCGCCCUCCUCCGUCUCCGAGAGCGACGAGGUGGACGUGCUCGGCUACACGUCCAGCCCCAGCGACUGCGAGUCGCUGGCGUCGGGCGACAGCGGGCUGCCGCGAGCCGCGCGCCCCCGCCGCGCCCCGCCCCGCGCACCCACCCGCGCCCCCAGGUCCGGUCUCACUAUUCAUCAUAUACAACCAAGAAUCCAACUGACUGCACUUCUCGAUCCAAUUCAUUCGAGUCGCGCGGCCUCUUGUUGGCGUCUGCGCGACAUACAUUUUUAAUUAAAAAAAAAUGUUUUAUAAUAUACUAUUGUACUACAGCCGCAUCGCGGAACGCGCCAUCAUCGGCGGUAUUUCCCAAUGGAUACGACUGUGUCUUUGAAGAAGAGAACGUACCUUUGUCUCAGGGGGCGACAACGAUUGUGCCGCGACUCCGGUGUGUCGUACAGGGUAGCAGUGUUGUACAGCGGGGGUGUGUGAUGUGUUGCAGAUGGGGGCUGCCCCAGCCCGCCGCGCCCGCGCCCUCGCCCGCGCCCGCGCCCUCGCCCUCGCCCUGCCCGGCGCGGCCGCUCUAACCUGCCCGGACGACUCUGCACCAGCUGCUCCACACACACAACACACACACACAUCGUAUUGAGUACAAAAUCGCCAAAAAAAAUCUAUCACUUUUACUUAACCUUACACACUUAGUUAUUUAACAACCGCCCGCCGCUCAACUAGUUAAAUUUGCUUUUCUAAUUUCAUCAGUUAAGUAUGUUUAUUAUCACGCUAAGUGUUUCAAUAGGUGGAGGGUGCGGCGGCGCGCGGCCAAGGGAACCGCCUUUUAACUUCUGUUAUGUGCACAAAAAUCACAACUUGCAACGCGGAGAAUUUAAAUGUAAAAAAGGCGCCGGCGUGUCAAUUGUGUCCAUGGAGAGUCCUCGUGCACAUCCGCGGGAUGUCGGCGCCUGCCUUCUCACUUCCCUUCACUUCAAUCGCUUCUCCAAACCGAUCAAAAUUAGUAUCAUUUCUCGACAGUGGAUUUAUACACAAGGUUCCUUCUAACCUUUUACUUCUUCAUUUCUCUGGCACAAGUGCUACUUCCAGACUUCGUGCAAUAUACUCUAAUGGUAGCUGAUAUCUUGGCGUCCCUCCGCGGCCGCUUGCGAACUCGCCCCCUGACAUGCCAACCAUAGAACUUGAAAGGCAUCCCUGUGUCGGACCCUGGACUUUCCCCUUUUGAAAGAUUUUAUGUUAUUUCACAUUUUGUUUUAUGUAUUUACACUUUGUUUUUUUUUUUUCAAAAUUUAUCUUUCUUAUGUCCUUCGACAAUAUUUAAACGUAGGAUAAGUACCUAUUGGCAAAACCAGCCGGCGAUUUGUCGGCACCACGUCGGCGACACGACACUAAAUAUCGUUAAUGACUUACUUAGGCGAGGAGAGUUUGUAUGGUUGCGGCCUGACGUUUGCGUCCCGACCUGCCGACACCUCUCGCCUCUCGCCUCUCGCCUCGAGUUGCGCCGUUCGGCCGAGUCUCCUGCACAUAGCCUGGCUCUCUGUCCUAGGAAAGUCGUCAUGACUCCUGCCAGCUACGAGUACAGCUUGUGCAGCCAUGACACACACACGCUGAUGCGUUACAGUACCACCUUUUGCCACGCGCAGUUUUCACGGAAGGCAAUAUUUUCUAAGAAAAUCGCAUCGCUUGCACCGCGAGCGUCGAGAGGCUAGAGAGAGCUCGGCCGAGCGAAACUCUCCUAGUGGAAAUAGCAUUAUGUUUGUAUAUAACUAUUUGUUUCUUGUAGUAUAGACGAAUGAAAUAGAUAAUACCUGUGUAGAGCGCGCGGGGAGCGCGGGGAGUGCGCGGGGACUCCCCGCACUCCCCGCGCACAACGACAUCAUAUUUUUAGUAUAAUUUGAAUAUUGAUGAUCUCAUUUCGAUGUACGUCCUUCCAGUAAUGGUGUCAUUUUUUAUUUAAACUUUGGAAAAAUGUUCAAUCAAACCGUUAAUCCGGCGACCGCUUGUGACCGCUUGUGAUUAUUGCACUCACUUCUACAAAUAUGAAUACGUAAACAUUGGUUAUGUGAGUGGAAGCGAAUGUCCGCCUCCGAGCAACACCACACCGCUGUGACUGCUUUUUGGGACUCUAUUGUUUUGUGCGAUUAGUUAAGACAGUUGUUAGGUAAAUGUGGAUUGCGAGGAGGCGGAGAGCGGAGAGCGGAGAGCGGAGGGCGCGCGGAGCGGUUCGUGCCGUAGUGUGCAUGUGGACGGAUGACGUCAUUACUCGGGGGGCGCGGAGGGGCGCGGCGGACGCGGACACAAACCAAAAAGGAAUGUGUAGCGCGCGCGGCGGCGGCGCUCCACUUCUCACACAGAGUACAUUAUAUAUUUUUGUUAUAACUAUUGUAUUUAAUAAAAAUAAAUUGUUAAUUUAUUUUAUGGUGACGCGAAUGUGGUUUUUUAUUAUGUAACGCAUGAUGGGCGAGGCGGCGGCGGCGGCGGCGGCGGCGGCACAGGCACACGACGGCUGCGCCUUGUUUCCGUCCGGCCUGUGCUACCGAUGUGAUCAACUAUAAACAUUUUUUUACAUAAUAAUGCAAACACUAUCUUGUGUUAACUGUAUGUUAUCCUUAACUUAUUAUACAUAUAGUAUUUUACAUCAAUCUAUAUUUGUCACCGUCCACCAGCAAACACCGCCUUUCGGAAAUUAUAUAUCGAACAAAUGAUGAAAGUGACGUGUUAUAUUUUACGAUGAGUUGUCGUAUGAGUAGGGUCCGAGCGCGCCAACAGCUCGCAGGAUGUCGCGGGGUGUCCGCUAAAUGUCCAAGAUAGUGAGUGAACGUAUUUAUUAAGGAUAUAUAUAUGUUUUAAUGAAGAGGCGCCAGCUACUGUAGUGUUUAUAAUAAAGAUGAGAGAUAGGCGGUGGCGGCGGUGACCCACUGCCAGUUAGGUUCAGAGCGAGUCCGAGCCGAGCACCGUAGUGUCGCCGCACCGCCCUUACACCCCUUAUUUUCAAAUGCAAUAUAAUAUAUAUACAUUUGUAGUGGUUUUCUCUGACGAUACAUUCAUACCAGAGCCUGAAGUCGACAAUUAUCAUGGCAGUGGUAUUUCACGCUGAGUGUAUUUUCCUAGAAACGUGGAUGUUGUUGCAUUAGAAAUUCACAGAUCUGAAUCUCAUAAUUUUUGACCUGAGAUCGUUAGCAGUAAAUAUGUGGCGGGGUCGCCGCUUGCCUCAUGUCCCCUCACUAAUGUUCUGUGCCCGACUACAUUAUCCGCCAUUAACAGACCGACACUGGAAGCCAUAUGAUACAAAGCUUCGGAGCCGCCCGCCAAAUGUCGUAUAAAACCGCAAUAAACACUGUGCGCAGUGCGGAUUCUCCCCGCGACGCUCGCGCAUUCUCCCAAUUGCAAAUAUGAGGAGAACAAUAGUAGAAUAAAAUUUUAUGAGGAAAAUUAUUUAAAAAAAUGUAUACUGUGAGAAUGCGCGGCGCACGCCGCCGUCGCCGCCGUCGCCGCCCGCCGCCCGCCUACAUUCAUCUAUGUUACUGAGGGAACGCGGCAUAUGUAAGUUACUAUGUAAAAAGUUAUAGAAUUCAUUUAAUAAAAUUAUAAUUAAAACUG